AUCAAAUAAACUAGAGAUGGACGGCAACAUCUCCCUCACCAACCAAUCAAACACCAGUUCCAGAUUCUGCAAAUACGAUGAACCAGACACUGAUAUUGAGAAAACUGCCAAACGCGCCGUCUUCGUAUUGUUUUUUGUUCUGGGGAUUUGUGGCAACAUUUUUGUCAUUAUACUCGCUGCUAAAUAUACAGUACGCAAGAACAUAAACCAUUGGAUCAUCAACAUGGCCGUGUCGGAUGCCAUUUAUCUUAUCAGCUUCUUAAUACUGGAAAUUCCCUGGUUGUCUGACAAUAAAUGGAGUGAUUGUCCUAACGGUAUGUUGGGUAUUGUACUCUGCGACAUUUUACAAUUCUUGUUGAGGGUUUCGAUGAGAGUUUCUCUAAUAACUCUAUUUGUGGUCAGCAUUAAACGAUUCAGAGUAACAACACAUACAAUACAAAGAUCGUUGCCUUUUACACCUCGACAAUUAAUGACUGCAGUCGCCGUCUGUUGGUUAAUUCCCAUUCCCAUCACUGCUUACAGAACGUAUGGGUCUAAUUGGUUUGUUACGGUGGCAGAGGCAAUUUUACUUGUUAUUUUGUGCUGCAUAAUAUUCGUUCUUAGUAUUAUAACAAUAAGACGACUGUCCCAACCUCACGCCAUCCAAGCCCAUCUAAACCAACAACGGCGAAACGCACAAAGACGUCAAAUGCAAAGGGCCAUGAGAAUGGUUCUCGUCUCUGUGUUGCUGUACACAUGUUGCUGGACUCCAUCUUUGAUUAUCCACGUUAUGUUUUCAUUGGAACAGCUUUCCAUUCAAGUAGCUGAAAUAGUUAAUGCCUGCAUAGACUGGGACUCUCUCGAAUUUAUAUUUGAUUAUAUUCUUCCUUUCGUCAACUCCUGCUUCAGUCCUCUUAUCUGCAUCAUAUGCCUGCCUGAUUUUCGGCAAGCUGCGAAGCAUGUACUGUGCCGAACAGCAAUACAGAGCCGAGAGCCAAACAGCCAAAACUCGACUGAGCUGCAAUCGCAUCGUGUCAAGCCCUUUAUUUUAAGGUCUAACAGAGUAAGAAAUUCUGAGACGAAGUCUAGUGAAUAAACAGCAAUUUUGACGUCGAGAUGCCGCCCAACGUGGUUAAUAAGAGGACUUACCACGAGUCCAUAAAUUGCUUAAAUCCACAAUACUUUCAAACAUUAUGUAUAAUUAAUUCUAGUACAAAUUGUUUUCUUUUA